AUCAGCACGAGCUUACAACCUCCAAAGUUCCGCUCAGCCGAACUUCUGAGAUAGUAUUUUAACGUCGGUUGCUUGGAUUCGUGUUUAGCCUGUGGUUGUUGCUUCCCCCAAUCUCUUCCGACAUGGAUCUCCGCGUCUUGGUUAAGAUAGCUCUGCUGAUUUUUGCAGGGCUCAGUGCUUUGGGAGAUAGGGCGGAGAGCAGUAGUCGCUCGGUCACCAUUUUUGAUUCACCUUCCCACUCAUACGUCCGUCACCGGUCACCGGGAAUCACAGGCGAGACAAAUUCUAUGUUAUUGGAUGACAUUACUGCAUCUAUAUAUGUCUUACUUGGUUUGCCACCACCUUCACUUUCGGCUGAAUCAUCUUCUAAGUUAAAUGAAAUACUUCUCCCAAAUCCAUUUGAGAGGCCGGAUACUGUUUUUCUACUAGAAGUUGGAGGAAUCGAUGGUCUUAUUUUUUCUACCCAGAACUCUGAUUUCAAGGUGGGCAACAUCUUUAGCAGUAUGGUUUUUGAAUCCAAAAAAGCUAAAAUUUAUGUUCCAGGAGAGGAUGAUGUUUAUGUUUUUCAUGUCGAUGAAAAUGCAUGCGCUGAAGAUGAUUUUUCUUGUGUUGAUGAAGAGCUAGUCAAACUUGCAAAGUGGUUUGGAGGUUCAUAUGCAGGCAGCUUGAAGUCACAUGAUGGAAAGUUGACCAUUCCAUUGUCCACUGGUAGCUCUUUAGAUUUGAAUGUUGCAAAGGAAGCAGAUCGAAUGUUUGCAGCUAGUCUUGCAUCGCUUGUUGGAAAUACAAAGAGGACUGUAGUAAAUGAUUUUGCUCAAAACCGUAUAAAUUCUGCAGAGUUAUUCAUAGGGCAUUUUAGAGGACUUGAGGCUCUGAAAGUGGAAUAUGGUGAGGGGGAUAUUCUUAAACUUGGAGAACAAUUGGUGAAGGACUCCAUAAUGAAGUUAUUUAACACCUUGCAGGAAUUUUCUAGUGGAAGGAUUGCCUGUGUUGUGUUGUCUAACAAGGAUGCCAAUCCAAGUACCGAAAAUUUGUUGGAAGUUACACAGUUUCCUCAGUUGGCACGAUGGCUGGAUGAAACGAGCUUCAAUAAUGAUACAAGUGCAGAGUUCAAACGGGUGUUAUUAGUUAGACGGAGUUUAGCAUGGAUAACUGCCAUUAUUCUUCUUGUCUCGACUCUAAUUGGGAUAUACUUCUUAAUGAACAUGCAACUUACAAGGGAUACUCUACUCUACUCCAAUGUCAAGCUGGACUAAGAGCAUUAUGAGGUAUGAAAAGGAGUGGCCUUUCAAACAAUGAAAAACAAUUAUAAUUUUUUUUUUUUAUUAUAUGCUGUUUCGCCGUACAUUUUCCUGAUAAUAUUGUAAUGUCCAGUGUGAUUUCAUAUACUUGGCAGUCCUGUCUAUAUGAAUGUUCCAAGUUAUGGCAUUAAUAGUCGAUUAAAUUUUCUUUUGUUGAGCA